UAAGAACUAGUCUGAGUCGACUCGGAUGAGUCGUAUUGACUCGUCCAAGUCUUAAAACCAUUUUCACAAAAACACUUCUUUUAUUUACUUCACGUACCUGCAUUCUCCCCGCAUUCCAGGCAAUCCAAUUUUUUUAUUUUUUAUUUUAAAUGCAGAUUUUCUCAUCAAAACCAUUCCAUUUCCUGCUCAUAUCAUCCAUACUCUUCUCAUUUUCUGUAGUCACUUCCAUUCCAAUCAAUGGAAAAUGCACCGGCGCUGGUUACCCUGAAAACAGUACGUUCUGGGAGAAUCUUGAUCUCCUUCUUUCAUCUCUAACAGCAAAAGCUGCUUCUUUCAGCUUCUACACUGACACUGUGGGAGAAGAUCCUUACCGCAUCUACGGCCUCUUCCAAUGCGGGGACGUUACCGCCUACGAAUGCCAGAGUUGCCUAACUUAUGCAAGCAAUGAUAUUAGACCAGUUUGCCGCACCAACUUCGAAGGCAUGUUAUGGUAUUCCACCUGCUUCUUUCGCUACUCAGGCUUCAAUUUCUUCGGUACCAUGGAUUCAGAGGGCUUCGGCUGGUCUGGCAGAGCCAAUCUCUCUAGACCUGAUCAAGCAUCUGCAAUGAUGAAGACAUUAAUUGAAGCAGCUCUGACAUCACCGACGAUGUCUGCAACGGACACAUUGCCAGACAAGACGGCCUAUGGCCUUGCACCGUGCACCCAAGAUAUUAGAAGAAGGGAUUGCAGAAAAUGCCUGGUGGAAGCGAUGAAUGGAUUUAAUAAGUGUUGCGCUUGGGAGGACUUUGGCAGGUACAUGACUUCCAGCUGUUUUGUUGGGAACGCGGCCCAACGGUUCUUCACUGGCUCUAAGCAGCAUAGCUUUUUCCUUAAUAAGGUUUGCUCAAAUGAUGAAUUUUAUGCAAGUAGCACAUCUGCAGCGAACCUCAACCGUCUCUUUUCUUCCUUAAUAACAACAGCUCCUCUGUCUGGUUUCUACAAUGAAACCAUCGGAGAAGAAGCUUCCAGCCGUGUUUACGGCCUAGCCUUAUGCAGAGGUGAUGUUGCACUAGACGCCUGCCGUAGCUGUCUCAACAAUGCUCGGAACGAUCUCACAGAAAUGUGUCCUAAUAUGACUCGUGGUGUUGUCUGGUAUGAGAACUGCCUCUUGCGCUACUCAAAUUACAGCUUUUUUGGAGCUGUGGAGAGCGAUGGAUUCAGCAUUCGCCACGAAUAUAAUGAUUCGGAUCAGAAAUCUCUGCAGUUAAUUUCAACGAUGUUGGAAAGAGUGCCAAUCCAGCCAUGGAUGUUUGCUGUCCAAAAAUUGCAGAUUGGCGAGUCCGUGUCUCGAUACAUUCUUGCCCAAUGCACCAGGGAUCUUGGAGAGGAUGACUGCAGAAGAUGUUUGGUACGAUCAAUGGGUGAUCUUGUUCAGUGUUGCGAUGGGAGGAAAGGGUGGCAGUAUCUUACAUCCAGUUGUUUUAUAAGAUAUGAUGAUCACGUUUUCUUCAAUGCCUCAAUACUAGAGGCCCCAGCUGACCACACUAAUGAAGGGGAGAGGAGGAAUCUGAAAAGGGUUAUAAUCAUCAGUGUUGCAGCAGCUUUAGGAGUCACUCUCUUGGGAUCUUGUAUAUGCUGCUGUCUAUGGCAGAGGAAGAGAUCAUCACAAGAAGGUAAAAUUUUUAAAGGUGCGUUUGGAUGCUCGAUUGAAACAAAUUGAAAAAAAAAAAAAACCUCAGUUCAGUGAAGAGAAAAUGACCAAUGUGGGGUUAUCCUGCACUUAAUUUAUCACAACGGACUAGCCCCAAAAUUGCAAUUGUGGUAGUUUCAAGUCCUGAGGUAUGAGAACAGCCACUUCUUACGCUUUAUUCAAGCAACAAGGUUGUUUUCAUCAAUGGAAGUGGUUCUGUUGCAUAUUGCCACAAAGUUUCCUUUUCUUUAUGUUU